AGUAUUUACGAAACGAACUGUAUUUUUAAUUACUAGUUGCAUUUAGUAUUAAGUUUAUUUGUAUCUAAUAAGAUAUAAUAAACUAGUGUAUGGUGGUUCUGUCUAGUCGUGUCCGAACUCCGAAGACAGCAUUCAGUUUUCAUUCAGUAAUUGCACAUCGUGAUCGCGGUCCGCGCUCGCGCCUCUCGUUCUGCGCUCGCCGCUCAGCGCCCGCUCCAAGUGUUCUGUGGCCCGCUCAGUCGAUUCUCGCCUUUUGAGCUUAGAUGGUUGUUUGUGCAGUGUUGUACUUUUGAUUACAACUUUAUGAACAUACCGUGACUCAGUCGCAAUUCGCGUGUCUUCGUCAGUGGACAGUUUUACAAGUCGAAAUGCAAAUUCGGUAGAAAAAUAAUUGUAAUUGAGUGUAGAUAAAACAUAUCAAAAUGCUCGCGGACGGUGAAAUAGUUGGUGACGGUUCAUGGAACCUCACGAUUUACGUGACGGAUUUGAAUGAGAAACGCACCAUGGUCGUCAAGGGAGAUAUGCAUAUUGGUGGUGUGAUGCUGAAACUCACUGAGAGUUUUGGUAAAGAUUUCAAGAAGGACUGGUCGGAUCAUGCGCUAUGGUGGCCGACGCGGAACAAGUGGCUGGCCCGGCCGAAACACACGCUCGACCAGUACGGGGUGCACGCGGACGCGGCGCUCCACUUCACGCCCAUGCACAAGCCCAUCCGGAUACAGCUGCCCGACCUCAGAUACAUCGACUGCAAGAUCGACUUCUCCAUUGACACGUUCAGCGCUGUCAUGCAGCUGUGUAAAAGCCUAGGCAUACGACAUCCGGAAGAACUGUCUUUGUGUUAUCCGUUGGAGCCGUCUCACCUAAAACAGAACUACCAGAACCUGAAGGAAGCAAAGAAGAUUAAAAUCGCCCAGCCCGAUACUAACACAUUCAUAGCUGCCACCAGGGGAUCGUCGAAUAGCCUGGACAGGUCUCUAGCUUGUCCCGCCACACCUCCACCUCCGAGGUCCCUGUCAGCCACGCCGGUUGCCUCACAACAGAAUGGUACCCUCCGCCGCUACGGGAACCACAUAUACAGCACGCAGAGCGACGGCUCCAGCGACGGCGGAUACUGCAGCACUCCGCCCCGCGCCGCGUCCCUCGACGCCCUGGACGCCCUGGCGGAGAUGUCCCUCGCCGACUCGCCGCUGGAGCCCGACACUCAAUCCCGGGAGUCACUCCUCACGCCCAAGUCUCUAAUGGAGCGCGCCAGAAUGAAUGUCGGCUGGCUGGACUCAUCACUGUCCAUCAUGGAGCAGUACGUGCGGGAGUGGGACACGCUGCAGCUGCGCUUCAAGUUCUACUCGUUCUUCGACCUGACGGCCCGCGCGCCGGACGCGCCGCGCCUCAACCAGCUGUACCAACAGGCGCGCUGGCAGGUCCUCAACCAGGAGGUGCACUGCACCGAGGAGGAGAUGCUCCUGUUCGCUGCGCUACAGUUGCAAAUCGAGCUGCAGACCCUGGCUGGCGGCAGCGCGGAGGCGGCUGACACGAGCGCGGGGAGCGCGGGGGGCGCGGCGGAAGACGAGAUAGAUGCGGCCCUCAGCGAGCUGCAGGUCCAGUUAGAGGGGGGACCGCCAGCUAGAGCCGAUAUCACCGCUGUUCCCGAGCUCGCUGGAUACUUGAAGUAUAGGGGGAGUUACAACGCUUUAUGUGCAUCUCGUCAGCGCUUCACACUGCGCGCUUACAAGCGUGGCUGGGUGUCUUGUCGCGACGGCGUGCUGCGUAUACACAGCUCGCGAGAGGCGGCCGCGCGCGGGGACGCACCGUCUUACGCUGUUGAACUCAGAGGAGCUGAGGUAACGCCUGACGCGCACCCGGCGUCAGACAGAUACGGCAUCAAACUGGAGGUGCCGUCUGAAGACACCAUGCACGAGAUGUGGCUCAAGUGUGAGAAUGAGGAGCAAUACGCGGAGUGGGUGGCGGCGUGCCGGCUCGGGUCGCGCGGGCGCUCGCUGGCUGACGCGGCGUUCGCGAGCGAGGCGGCCGGCGUGCGGGCGCUCCUAGAGCUGCAGAGACCCCGCAAGGGCGCCGCCUCCCAGCUCCAUGUGGAACAUCUCCAGCCCGAUAAGUACCUGGCGCCGAGGUUCCUCAAGAAACUUAAGAGCAAGUUCACCCAACGCGUGCUCGAGAGCCACGCGAACGUCAAGGACCUGCCGCUGCUGGAGGCGAAGCUGCAGUACAUCAAGACGUGGCAGAACCUCCCUGACUACGGCCAGACCCUGUUCGUCGUCCGCUUCAUGGGCCACCGCAAGGACGAGAUCAUCAGCAUCGCCAACAACCGCAUCAUGAGACUCGACCCCAGCACCGGGGAUCACAUCAAGACAUGGAGAUUCAGCACCAUGAAGGCGUGGAACGUAAACUGGGAGAUCAAACACAUGAUGGUGCAGUUCGAGGAGGGUAACAUUAUAUUCUCCGUGCAGUCCGCUGACUGCAAAGUCGUACAUGAGUUCAUCGGAGGCUACAUUUUCCUCUCCAUGCGCUCCAAGGACGCCAACCAAACUCUAGACCAAGAAUUGUUCCACAAACUGACUGGUGGUUGGACGUAAACGAUUAUUUACCUUUUUAGAUUGUACACAUAUUUUAAUAUGAAUUUUUGAUGUACAGCCUUUUUCAUGUGCCUUCAAACUCAGGUCUGAAUAUUUUGAUAAACAUAUACAAACAGCAAAUAACAACACAAUAUAACUUGAAAUGAAAUAAUAUGGCUGUUUAAUGAUUACCUACUUUAGUUAAUAAUUUUAUCUUCUCUUUAAUUUAGUGUAAGUCUUCAACAUGUAGAUCUUAUGUGCUUCCAAUGCUAAAUAAUUUAUGCUUGUAAUGUCUGUCGUAAUUAUUAUUGGUUAAUAUUUAAAUAAGUAUAACUUUUUAUGACCCAUCUUAUUUUAUACAAUAAGCAAAGAUAAAUAGAGGAAACAAAAAGUAUCAUUACAACAUAAUAUUAUUAAGUAACACUGGGCUGAAAUUUAAGAUCUCUUGGUAAAAAUUGAAGAGGAAUACGUAGUCUUUGCAGACUGCAAAUACUUUCGUGGGGCAAGAAGAGCGCACACACGGGAACACGUUGUUGGUAAAUCAGUGAUCAGACGGGUCGUGAUUGGAAGAUCACAGUCAGACGGUAACAAGUUGUUUGUAGCUAGUAAACAUUACUGAUAUACAGUGUGUUAGUGUAAACACCGUUAUCCUUGAAACCAUCAAAUGAGCCCGUCAA